GUUUAUCGACGAAAGGAGUGGAUUUCAGUCAUAUCGACGAAUCUAAGCAAAUUGUUUAUCUAUCUCAAUUUGCAGUUGGAACUUGGAAGCAUUCCAUAACUUUUUUUAAACUUCUCGGUAACCAACCAAUCACCGAAAUUGAAUUCUAACAUAUAAAAUUUUGUUCUGUUAUGCGAAGGAUUUGGGGAAGCCAGAGAAUCCAUUCAACAAGAGGAGAAGGAUUCAGAUGGCCAAGCAAGCGGUGCCUCACUUUCCUCUGAACGAAGAAGAAAACGUCGCCGAUGAAGCAGAACUGGAGGAAGAUCAAUGCGGGUGCCCGAUAACGGAUCCGAUGUUGAAGGUGUAAAAAGAGAAGGGGAUGGUUAGAAGGUGAGUCAUGCAAACUUUGUGCAGUCUUGAAUCUCACAUACAAUUUGAAUGCCAUAACAUUCGAUGAUGAUCGAUGUCUAACAAGUUUCUUAAGAAGAUGAUCACACAAACUCCGCAAUAUUCCCCUGAUGCAAAUACAAGAAAACCCAUAUUAGAAAAAUAUUUGAUUACUUCAUCUUUUUCCCUUGUGGUGAAAAUUUGUCUAUAUAACAACUAAUGGCAAGAAGGUUUUGCUCUGCUGAGUUGGUAUUCAAAGCAUUAAUCAUUCUACUGGGAGUGACUUUUGUGCAAUGUAGCUUAAUCUCUGGGAAGAACAGUUCGCAAGUCAGAAGAAAAAUAAACCGCCUCAAACGUCAUGCUUUAAGAAGCAUUCAGAGUGAAGAUGGGGAUAUAAUUGACUGCAUCGACAUCUACAAGCAACCAGCUUUUGAUCAUCCUGCUCUAAGAAAGCACACCAUCCAGAUGGCGCCAAGUUAUGAUACAUCUAUGGGGACCAAUGUCGAAGAAACAAAAACAGAUGCAUUGAAUACAGGGGAUACAAAAUCUGUGGUUUCUGGUUUCUCACAACUAUGGCAGAAAAGUGGAAGCUGCCCUAAAGGAACAGUUCCGGUCCGAAGAAUCAGAGAAAUAGGAGUUUUGAAAAGUGGCUUGGUUGAACGCUAUGGAAGGAAGAAUCCUAGCAUUUCUGCUACACAACAAGCCAAUUACUCGUUACCAUUGCCACUUUUAACUUUGAACCACUACUCCUACACUCUUCAGAAGGCAAUACUGCUUACUGAAGGAUACAGUUAUUCAGGAGUUAGAGGAGAUAUCAAAGUUUGGAACCCAAAUGUAGAAGCUGAUGAUGAGUACAGUACUUCUCAAGUUAGUCUCAAAAGUGGCCCUUACUACUUCUAUGAGAGCAUCGAAACCGGAUGGGCGGUGAAUCCUGGUGUGUACGGGGACAGACAAACUCGGUUAUUUGUGUAUUGGACUGCCGAUGCAUCAAACAAAACAGGCUGCUUUGAUCUUACUUGCCCUGGAUUUGUUCAAACGAGCAAUGAAAUCGCACUUGGUUCAGCAAUAUAUCCUCUCUCAGUCCCUGGUGGACUGCCAUAUCAAAUUACCAUGUACAUAUUCAAGGAUCCAAACACAAGCAACUGGUGGGUGCAGUAUGGAGAGAAAAUCAACAUAGGCUACUGGCCACCUGAAUUGUUUUCUAUACUACAUCAUGGCAAUGCAGAAUGUGCUGAAUGGGGAGGUGAAGUUUACAGCUCAAGAGUAGGACAGUCUCCUCACACUGCUACAGCAAUGGGUAAUGGACAAUUUCCUGAUUUCGUUGUAGGCAAUUCAGGAGUCAUUAAAAGACUAAGAAUUCGCGAAAAUUCUAUCGACUUAAAGUUCCCUGAGUGGGUUUCAACUUAUGCUGAUGAGUUCAACUGCUAUGAUGCUUAUUAUGUUGCUGAUUAUACUGAAGACCCUGAAUUCUAUUAUGGAGGACCUGGAAGAAAUCCAAGGUGCCCUUAGAAUGGUCAGUAGGACCUAGAUAAACAUGAUUUCACCCAAAUUGUUGUUUGGUGAGGAGCAAUUUAUCGAUUCAAAGUAGAUUUAGUGAUUUACAGAUAA